GGGGCCUCUUGGACCAUUCUCAGAAGGAGUUGUACAAGGAGGUCAUGCUGGAGAAUGCCCAGAACCUGCUCUUUGUGGGACUGCCAGUUCCCAGAGAAUAUCUGAUCACUUAUUUGGAGGAAAGGGAAGCCCCAUGGCUGCUGGAGCAAGAAGGCCUGAAGAGCUGCUGUCCAGAAGGAGAGAUUAGACCUGAAAUGAAAGAGACUACUGUGAAGCUAAGCAUUUCUAUGGAAGAAACUCAUGAGCAAAGCUUCAUGAGUGAUGUUCCUUGUGACGUCACUGACAGUCAAGUCUGUGCUGGACUUCACAGAAUCCACACAGGAGAGAAGCCUUAUGAUUGUCAUCAUUGUGGGAAAGACUUGAGUCAACAGUCUCCCCUUAUGUACCAUCAAAGAAUUCAUAAUGCAGAGAAACCUUAUGAAUGUAAACAGUGUAGAAAGGCUUUCACACAGAAGGCCAGUCUUAAUGAACAUCAGAGAAUCCACACUGGAGAGAAACCUCAUGAAUGUAAUGAAUGUGGAAAGGCUUUCACACACAGGGCUGGUCUUACUGCACACCAGAAAAUCCACACUGGAGAGAAACCUUAUGGAUGUAAUCUAUGUGGAAAGGAUUUCAAUAUCCGUGGCAAUCUUGCUGUACAUCAGAGAAUCCACACUGGCGAGAAACCUUAUAAAUGUAAUCAGUGUGGUAAGGCUUUUAAAAGAAGCUCUCAUCUUGUUGCUCAUCAGAGAAUCCACACUGGAGAGAAACCUUAUGAAUGUAAUGAAUGUGGAAAGGCUUUCACACAGAGGGCCGGUCUUGCUGCACAUCAGAAAACCCAUGCUGGAAAGAAACAUUUUGCAUGUAAUCAGUGUGGAAAGGCUUGUAGAAGUACCUCUGACCUUGCUGUACAUCACAGAAUCCAUACUGAAGAGAAACCUUAUGAAUGUAAACAGUGUAGAAAGGCUUUCAGAAAGAAGGCCAGUCUUACUGCACAUCGGAGAAUCCAUAGUGGAAGGAAACCUUUUGCAUGUAAUCAAUGUGAAAAGGCUUUUAGAAGUACUGCUUCCCUUACUAUACAUCACAGAAUCCACACUGGAGAGAAACCUUAUGAAUGUAAACAGUGUAGAAAGACUUUCACACAGAAGUCCAGUCUUACUGCACAUCAGAAAAUCCACACUGGAAAGAAACCUUUUGCAUGUAAUCAAUGUGGAAAGGCUUUUAGAAGUACUUCUGCCCUUACUAUACAUCACAGAAUCCACACUGGAGAGAAACCUUAUGAAUGUAAACAGUGUAGAAAGGCAUUCACACAAAAGUCCAGUCUUACUGUACAUCAGAGAAUCCACACUGGAGAGAAACCUUAUGAAUGUAAUCAGUGUGGUAAAGCUUUCACAAAGAGGGCCAACCUUAGAGUACAUCAGAGAAGCCACACUGGAGAGAAACCUUAUGAAUGUAAACAGUGUAGAAAGGCUUUCACACACACCGCUGGUCUUACUGCACAUCAGAGAAUGCACACUGGAGAGAAACCUUAUGAAUGUGAUCAAUGUGGAAAGGCUUACAAAAACAGUUUCAAUCUUGCUGUACAUCAGAGAAUCCACACUGGAGAGAAACCUUACGAAUGUCAACAGUGUAGAAAGGCUUUCACACACAAGGCCAAUCUUACUGCACAUCAGAGAAUCCACACUGGAGAGAAACCUUAUGAAUGUAAUGAAUGUGGAAAGGCUUUCACACACAGGGCCAAUCUGACUGCACAUCAGAGAAUCCACAUUGGAGAGAAACCUUAUGAAUGUAAUCAAUGUGGAAAGGCUUUUAGAAGUCGCCCUGACCUUGCUGUACAUCAGAAAAUCCAUACUAGAAAGAAACCUCAUGAAUGUAAACAGCGUAGAAAGGUUUUCACACACAGGGCCAAUCUUACUGCACAUCAGAGAAUCCACACUGGAAAGAAACCUUAUGAAUGUAAACAGUGUAGAAAGGUUUUCACACACAGGGCCAGUCUUACUGCACAUCAGAAAAUCCACACUGGAAAGAAACCUUAUGAAUGCAAUCAAUGUGGAAAGGCUUUCAGUUGUAGUUUGAAGCUUACUCAACAUCUGAAAAUCCAUUAGAGAGACACCUUAUGAAUGUAAUCAGUGUGGAAAGACUUUCAGAUGUAAUUCUUAUCUCUUUAAACAUCAGGGAAUCCACACUGGGGAGGAAUCUUAGGAGUGCCUUAAAAUUAUAAAUAGCAUCUACCUAAA